UGUAUUAAUUGCUUUUUUUCUCAAAUUAGUAAGCAAUAGACAAAAUCAUUGUAGAGGCGUUCCUAACCGCGAGCAGCAUGGGCGAACAACGAACGUUUGUGUCUCUGACAGCGAGCAGAAUGUCUCCAUCAAAAACAUAAAUAAAUGGCCACCGUUGUUAUUACGUUCUUCCUAUUCAUACGAUUUGAUGUUUAUAAAAUGGACGCCGACUACAGACAUGGGCAAAGGGAACAAGUGGCAGCCCGUCGAAACAGUUCGUGGAGCAUGAACUCCCAGAGGUUAGAAGCCGUAGUGGCGGAGCUGAUGAAGCCCAUCAGCGACGCCAGACGGAACUUCGAUAUGGACCUCAGUUCGUUGCUUGAGUGCUACCUGACUGAGGCCGGGCUACAUGCCCUGGACGCAGACGAUGACGUGCCGCCGCCCAACUUCUCGGAGCUGGCGCUGCUGCUGCAGCAGUCCGCCAGCAUCUACAGCCGGAAGGUCGACUACCUCUACCAGCAUGUGCUGGAGGUCAGCGACUCCUUGCUUAACAGUACUCGGGAGGUCGAACCCAGGCCGGCGGCGGAGGCGGACGGGCUGGCGGUGCCGGUGGGGGACAGCCCGGCCGAGGGCGCGGCCAUGCCGGCGCGCCGCCGCCGCAAGGAGUCGGCCGCUGCGCGCGCCGGCGAGUUCGUUCCGCUCAGCGUGGCGGCGGCGGCGGGCGCACGUCGCGGCCCGGACGCCGCGCGGCCUCCGCCCUCGCUGCCGCGCGUCUACCUGGAGCUCGAGCCGCGCGCCGCCGCCAGCGCGCGCGACCCGCCGCUGCUGGACCUGGCCGGCGAGCCCAUCGGCCUGCUCGCCGACUUCCACCUCACCUGGCGCCUGCAUGAAGGCUUAUUAGUUGACGAUUUGCAAGGCGCGUACAGUCACAGUGAAAGCGAUUUAAGCUCUAUAUCGCUGGUGGAGCUACAGGCUGCCAUCGCUGCGGCAGUGGCGCCCCCGCCCGCGCUUCUCUCGCCGGAUGCGCCCCCCGCGCCUCUCUUGUCGGGCGCGCCGCCGGCGCCUCUCUUACUGGGCGCGCCUCCCGCGCCCCUCUUACAGGGCGCGCCUCCCGCGCCCCUCUUACAGGGCGCGCCUCCCGCGCCCCUGUUGCUGGGCGCGCCCCCCGCGCCUCUGUUGCUGGGCGAGCCCCCCGCGCCUGGCUCGCCGGGCGCCGGCGCGCUGUCCCCGCCCGGCUCCCCGCUGCGCGCCAGCACGCCGCUGCCCGCGCCCGAGCUGCCGCCCGCCACGCCCGCCACUCCGACCACUCCCGCCACUCCCAAGCACGCUAGACACGAGAGGAAGCGGCGCAGCACUGUCAAUAUCGACGACUUCGUCGUGGACGCACUCAAACUUGUUAUCAGUGAUGAGUUGUUAGACCAGUUGAGUGAAAUGCGAGAAUUCAGCAUUCCAUCGAAAUGGAUCGCCAAGGUGGUGUCUAAGCGAAAGCGUCACAUCUUAAGUGAACGACAGCGGCUGCGCGCCGAAGCAGAUGCGCUCUCGGCAGGCUUCGCGGGCUGGAGCGGCUCGGAGGCGGCGGCGGCCGUGGCGGCGGCGGCAGCGCGCUGCAAGACCUUCGCGCUGGAGCUCGAGAGCGACGACGACGGGUUUUUCGACCAGAGCUCGCUGUUGGAGAACGACGCGUCGGGCGCUCUGGCGGCGCUGGACGCGCAGGCGGCGUGGCAGGAGCGCGUGCUGGCGCGCGCGGCGGCGGGCGCGGCGGCGGGCGUGGACGUGCGCGAGCUGGGCGCGCGCGUGCUGGCCGCGCUGGCCGCGCCCGCGCCGCAGCCCGCACCCUUCCCGCACCUGCUGGCCCGCGCGGCGCGCGCCCCGCCCGACGUGUCGCGCCUGCUGCUGGCCACGCUGUUCCUGGCGAACGCGGGCAACGUGGAGAUCAUCCCGGGCGCGCCGCUGUCGGUGAACUCGUUCUCGGUGCGCGUGCUGUCCACGGAUGAGCGUCUGUUCGGCGCGGCCGUCCUGGACGACCAGUUUCUGCGCUAAUCGAGCUCACUUCUUUUACCGUGGACAAACUAGUUCCUUGCACUUAUGUGAUAUGUGCAAAUUUAUAACCUAUAUCGAUCUAUAUAAUAUUGUUUUUUUUUCUAAAAUAUUUAUUCAGAAACUUUAUUUUUUCUUAUUUUCAUAGUUAUUUAGAUGUGUUCAUCAUGAAUCCAAAUAUAUUUUUUUACUAGAAUUAAGUCUAAUCUUUGUGAAAAUUGUAAAUAUUAGUACAAUAAUAAAUAAAA